CGUGCCGUUUAGGGUGCGCACGCAGUGGGAGGAGCCGUUCUUUUCUUUCUCCAGAAGCUUCUUCUUCCUUUUGCCGGGUCCGCAGCGCAGUUUGUCCGCCGCCGCCAAGAUGAUGGGCCGCCCGGUGCUAGUGCUCAGUGAGUGGGGGCUGGGGGGACUAUUUAUUAUAAUAGAGAGGGAGGAAUCCGCCAUGUCAUCACCGCAGCUCGGCGGGGCCGGACAUGGACAGACCCUCACUGUGAGAUUACUGUAACAGUCACAGCGGGGCCUGAGAUGGACAGACACCCAGUAUGACAGGAUAGACCCUCACUGUGAGAUUACUAUAACAGUCACAGCGGGGCCUGAGAUGGACAGACACCCAGUAUGACAGGACAGACCCUCACUGUGAGAUUACUGUAACAGUCACAGCGGGGCCUGAGAUGGACAGACACCCAGUAUGACAGGAUAGACCCUCACUGUGAGAUUACUAUAACAGUCACAGCAUGGCCUGAGAUGGACAGACACCCAGUAUGACAAGACAGACCCUCACUGUGAGAUUACUAUAACAGUCACAGCGGGGCCUGAGAUGGACAGACACCCAGUAUGACAGGAUAGACCCUCACUGUGAGAUUACUGUAACAGUCACAGCGGGGCCUGAGAUGGACAGACACCCAGUAUGACAGGAUAGACCCUCACUGUGAGAUUACUGUAACAGUCACAGCAGGGCCUGAGAUGGACAGACACCCAGUAUGACAGGAUAGACCCUCACUGUGAGAUUACUAUAACAGUCACAGCAGGGCCUGAGAUGGACAGACACCCAGUAUGACAGGACAGACCCUCACUGUGAGAUUACUAUAACAGUCACAGCAGGGCCUGAGAUGGACAGACACCCAGUAUGACAGGACAGACCCUCACUGUGAGAUUACUAUAACAGUCACAGCAUGGCCUGAGAUGGACAGACACCCAGUAUGACAGGACAGACCCUCACUGUGAGAUUACUAUAACAGUCACAGCAUGGCCUGAGAUGGACAGACACCCAGUAUGACAGGAUAGACCCUCACUGUGAGAUUACUAUAACAGUCACAGCAUGGCCUGAGAUGGACAGACACCCAGUAUGACAGGACAGACCCUCACUGUGAGAUUACUAUAACAGUCACAGCGGGGCCUGAGAUGGACAGACACCCAGUAUGACAGGACAGACCCUCACUGUGAGAUUACUGUAACAGUCACAGCGGGGCCUGAGAUGGACAGACACCCAGUAUGGCAGGAUAGACCCUCACUGUGAGAUUACUGUAACAGUCACAGCGGGGCCUGAGAUGGUCAGACACCCAGUAUGACAGGACAGACCCUCACUGUGAGAUUACUGUAACAGUCACAGCAUGGCCUGAGAUGGACAGACACCCAGUAUGACAGGAUAGACCCUCACUGUGAGAUUACUGUAACAGUCACAGCGGGGCCUGAGAUGGACAGACACCCAGUAUGACAGGAUAGACCCUCACUGUGAGAUUACUAUAACAGUCACAGCAUGGCCUGAGAUGGACAGACACCCAGUAUGACAGGAUAGACCCUCACUGUGAGAUUACUAUAACAGUCACAGCGGGGCCUGAGAUGGACAGACACCCAGUAUGACAGGAUAGACCCUCACUGUGAGAUUACUAUAACAGUCACAGCGGGGCCUGAGAUGGACAGACACCCAGUAUGACAGGAUAGACCCUCACUGUGAGAUUACUAUAACAGUCACAGCGGGGCCUGAGAUGGACAGACACUCAGUAUGGCAGGAGAGACCCUCACUGUGAGAUUACUAUAACAGUCACAGCAUGGCCUGAGAUGGACAGACACCCAGUAUGACAGGAUAGACCCUCACUGUGAGAUUACUGUAACAGUCACAGCGGGGCCUGAGAUGGACAGACGCCCAGUAUGACAGGAUAGACCCUCACUGUGAGAUUACUGUAACAGUCACAGCAUGGCCUGAGAUGGACAGACACCCAGUAUGACAGGAUAGACCCUCACUGUGAGAUUACUAUAACAGUCACAGCAUGGCCUGAGAUGGACAGACACCCAGUAUGACAGGACAGACCCUCACUGUGAGAUUACUAUAACAGUCACAGCGGGGCCUGAGAUGGACAGACACCCAGUAUGACAGGAUAGACCCUCACUGUGAGAUUACUGUAACAGUCACAGCAGGGCCUGAGAUGGACAGACACCCAGUAUGACAGGAUAGACCCUCACUGUGAGAUUACUAUAACCGUCACAGCAUGGCCUGAGAUGGACAGACACCCAGUAUGAUAGACAGACCCUCACCGUGAGAUUACUAUAACAGCCGCCAGCAUGGCCUGAGAUGGACAGAGACACCCAGUAUGACAGGAUAGACCCUCACGAGAUUACCAUAACAGUCACAGCAUGGCCUGAGAUGGACAGACACCCAGUAUGACAGGACAGACCCUCACUGUGAUUACUAUAACAGUCACAUGGGCCUGAGAUGGGAUGAGGACACCCAGUAUGAUAGGACAGACCCUCACUGUGAGCCAUUAUAACAGUCAAGCAAAGGGCCUGAGAUGGACAGAGACACCCAGUAUGACAGGAUAGACCUCACUGUGAGAUUAGCUAUAACAGUCACAAAGGCCUGAGAUGGACAGAGAGACACCCAGUAUGACAGGAUAGACCUCACUGUGAGAUUACUGUAACAGUCACAGCGGGGCCUGAGAUGGACAGACACCCAGUAUGACAGGACAGACCCUCACUGUGAGAUUACUCUAACAGUCACAGCGGGGCCUGAGAUGGACAGACACCCAGUAUGACAGGAUAGACCCUCACUGUGAGAUUACUGUAACAGUCACAGCAUGGCCUGAGAUGGACAGACACCCAGUAUGACAGGAUAGACCCUCACUGUGAGAUUACUGUAACAGUCACAGCGUGGCCUGAGAUGGACAGACACCCAGUAUGACAGGAUAGACCCUCACCGUGAGAUUACUAUAACAGUCACAAGCAGCAGGCCCGAGGAUGGACAGACACUCAGUAUGACAGGAUAGACCCUCACUGUGAGAUUACUAUAACAGUCACAGCGGGGCCUGAGAUGGACAGACACCCAGUAUGACAGGACAGACCCUCACUGUGAGAUUACUAUAACAGUCACAGCAUGGCCUGAGAUGGACAGACACCCAGUAUGACAGGACAGACCCUCACUGUGAGAUUACUAUAACAGUCACAGCAUGGCCUGAGAUGGACAGACACCCAGUAUGACAGGGACAGACCCCCACCGUGAGACACUAUAACAGCCACAGCAUGGCCUGAGAUGGACAGACACCCAGUAUGACAGGACAGACCCUCACUGUGAGAUUACUAUAACAGUCACAGCGGGGCCUGAGAUGGACAGACACCCAGUAUGACAGGAUAGACCCUCACUGUGAGAUUACUGUAACAGUCACAGCGGGGCCUGAGAUGGACAGACACCCAGUAUGACAGGAUAGACCCUCACUGUGAGAUUACUAUAACAGUCACAGCCUGGCCUGAGAUGGACAGACACCCAGUAUGACAGGAUAGACCCUCACUGUGAGAUUACUAUAACAGUCACAGCUGGGCCUGAGAUGGACAGACACCCAGUAUGACAGGACAGACCCUCACUGUGAGAUUACUAUAACAGUCACAGCGGGGCCUGAGAUGGACAGACACCCAGUAUGACAGGAUAGACCCUCACUGUGAGAUUACUAUAACAGUCACAGCGGGGCCUGAGAUGGACAGACACCCAGUAUGACAGGACAGACCCUCACUGUGAGAUUACUAUAACAGUCACAGCGGGGCCUGAGAUGGACAGACACCCAGUAUGACAGGAUAGACCCUCACUGUGAGAUUACUAUAACAGUCACAGCGGGGCCUGAGAUGGACAGACACCCAGUAUGACAGGAUAGACCCUCACUGUGAGAUUACUAUAACAGUCACAGCGGGGCCUGAGAUGGACAGACACCCAGUAUGACAGGACAGACCCUCACUGUGAGAUUACUAUAACAGUCACAGCUGGGCCUGAGAUGGACAGACACCCAGUAUGACAGGACAGACCCUCACUGUGAGAUUACUAUAACAGUCACAGCGGGGCCUGAGAUGGACAGACACCCAGUAUGACAGGAUAGACCCUCACUGUGAGAUUACUAUAACAGUCACAGCGGGGCCUGAGAUGGACAGACACCCAGUAUGACAGGACAGACCCUCACUGUGAGAUUACUAUAACAGUCACAGCAUGGCCUGAGAUGGACAGACACCCAGUAUGACAGGAUAGACCCUCACUGUGAGAUUACUAUAACAGUCACAGCAGGGCCUGAGAUGGACAGACACCCAGUAUGACAGGACAGACCCUCACUGUGAGAUUACUAUAACAGUCACAGCAGGGCCUGAGAUGGACAGACACCCAGUAUGACAGGAUAGACCCAGGACAGACCCUCACUGUGAGAUUACUAUAACAGUCACAGCGGGGCCUGAGAUGGACAGACACCCAGUAUGACAGGAUAGACCCUCACUGUGAGAUUACUAUAACAGUCACAGCCGGGCCUGAGAUGGACAGACACCCAGUAUGACAGGACAGACCCUCACUGUGAGAUUACUAUAACAGUCACAGCGGGGCCUGAGAUGGACAGACACCCAGUAUGACAGGAUAGACCCUCACUGUGAGAUUACUAUAACAGUCACAGCGGGGCCUGAGAUGGACAGACACCCAGUAUGACAGGAUAGACCCUCACUGUGAGAUUACUAUAACAGUCACAGCGGGGCCUGAGAUGGACAGACACCCAGUAUGACAGGACAGACCCUCACUGUGAGAUUACUAUAACAGUCACAGCAUGGCCUGAGAUGGACAGACACCCAGUAUGACAGGACAGACCCUCACUGUGAGAUUACUAUAACAGUCACAGCAUGGCCUGAGAUGGACAGACACCCAGUAUGACAGGACAGACCCUCACUGUGAGAUUACUAUAACAGUCACAGCGUGGCCUGAGAUGGACAGACACCCAGUAUGACAGGAUAGACCCUCACUGUGAGAUUACUAUAACAGUCACAGCGGGGCCUGAGAUGGACAGACACCCAGUAUGACAGGAUAGACCCUCACUGUGAGAUUACUAUAACAGUCACAGCGGGGCCUGAGAUGGACAGACACCCAGUAUGACAGGAUAGACCCUCACUGUGAGAUUACUAUAACAGUCACAGCAUGGCCUGAGAUGGACAGACACCCAGUAUGACAGGAUAGACCCUCACUGUGAGAUUACUGUAACAGUCACAGCAUGGCCUGAGAUGGACAGACACCCAGUAUGACAGGAUAGACCCUCACUGUGAGAUUACUGUAACAGUCACAGCGGGGCCUGAGAUGGACAGACACCCAGUAUGACAGGACAGACCCUCACUGUGAGAUUACUAUAACAGUCACAGCGGGGCCUGAGAUGGACAGACACCCAGUAUGACAGGACAGACCCUCACUGUGAGAUUACUAUAACAGUCACAGCGGGGCCUGAGAUGGACAGACACCCAGUAUGACAGGACAGACCCUCACUGUGAGAUUACUAUAACAUUCACAGCAUGGCCUGAGAUGGACAGACACCCAGUAUGGCAGGAUAGACCCUCACUGUGAGAUUACUGUAACAGUCACAGCGGGGCCUGAUAUGGACAGACACCCAGUAUGACACUAUAGACCCUCACUGUGAGAUUACUUUCUUUGAUUCUCCAUAUACAGCAGGGAUAGAUAAAUUUAUAAACUGAGAUAAUUUUACCUUUAAUCUUUAGAGAGAUAUGUAAGUAGGUUUGAGCAAGACAAUUUAACACAUCAUUUACACAUGGUUUUCUAAUAUAAAUAAGGUUAAAUGCAAAACCGUAGGCUAUAACAGUAAAUCAGUUACAUGUAUAGUGUCCUAAUUUGUGUAUGUGUGUGCAGGGACCAAGCAGACUGGUAUAAAUUACACAUGUAUUUUCAUGUACCUUUACGCCUAGACAGUGGCGCUAAAUCUGACAUUCCUCACUUUAACGUUUGCAUGCAGUGCAACAGCUAAAUUUGCAUUUUACUUGGUGGUGUUUGUAUGUAUGUGACCAGUCAACUUGAGUCUAAUAUCAUUUACAGAUGUAAUAAUCUAAGCCUGUGUGUAACCAUCCUAUGCUCAUGUUAUUUACACACACUCGUCUAGGUCAUCUCUGAUUUUGUGUUUAUGUACAUAUCAUGUAAUCAUAACAUUAAAACCACCUGCCUAAUAUUGUGUAGGUCACCCACCUGUUGUCAAAACAGCUCUAAUGCGUUGAGCCGUUGAUUCCACAAUAUCUGUGUGUCCUUUGGUAUCUGGCACCAAGGCAUUAACAGCAGAAUUUUUAAAGUCCUGCGAGGUGGGGUGUCCAUGGAUUUAUUCUUCCAACACAUCCCACAGAUUCUCAAUUGGAUUGAGAUCAGGGAGUUUGGAGGCAAAGGCAAAAUCUUGAACUCUGUUAUGUUCCUCAAACUAUUCCUGAACAAUAUUCGAAGGGUGCAUGAUCUUGCUGAAAGAAGUCAUUGCCUUCAGAGAACACUAUUCCUAUGAAGUGGUGUAUGCGGCUUGCAACAAUCUCUUGGUUGGUGGUACAUCAACAUGAAUGCAAGGACCCGUGGUGUCCCAGCAGAACAUUGCCCAAAGCUUAGCACUCACUAAGCUGUGCUGCUUUCUUCCCAUAGUGCAUCUCUUCCCCACCUGAUUUUAACCCCUUAAGGACACAUGACAUGUGUGACAUGUCAUGAUUCCCUUUUAUUCCAGAAGUUUGGUCCUUAAGGGGUUAAAGAAAACUUCAUUCAUCAGACUAGGCAACCUUCUUCCAUUGCUCCAUGAUCCAGUUCUGACGCUCACGUCCCCAUUGAAGGCACUUUUAGUGGAGGACAGGGGUCAUCAUGGGCACUCUGUCCACCCUGCAUAGCCCCAUACGCAGCAAACUGCGAUGCAGUGUGUGUUCUGACACCUUUGUAUCAUGGCCAGCAUUACGUUUUAAUCAAUAUGUGCUAUAGCAGCUCUUCUGUGUGAUCGAACCAGACUUGUUAGCCUUCGCUCCCCACAAUGUGCAUCAAUGCGCCUUUUUUGUAUAUGACCCUGACAACAAAUCACCAGUAGUCCUUGUUUGCACCAUUUGUGUUCGGUACUAAGAUCUGCAUACCUGGAAUACCCCACAAGACUUGCCAUUUUGGAGAUGCUCUGACCCAGCCAUAACUAUAUGGACCUUGUCAAAGUCACUCAGAUUUUUGUCACUUGUCCAUGUCGCCUGCUUCCAACACUUGAAAUUCAAUAACUGACUGUUAACUUGCUGCUUAGUAUUUCCCACCCUUUGACAGAUGCCAUUGUAAAGAAAUAACCACUGUUAUUCACUUUACCUCUCAUUGGUUUUAAAGGGACUCUCAAACAAACCGUUUAAAACCCCUUCAGUGACUUACCUGUAUCCAGCGCCGAUGUCCCUCGGUGCUGGUUCAGUGUCCGCCAACGCUCCAAUGCUAUUAGACUUCCCCAUAGGAGAGCAUUGAAAAAUGCUUUCAAUGCUUUCCUAUGGGGAUUUCAGCAACCCUGGAGGUCCUCACAUAGCGUGAGGACGUCCAGCGACGCUAUAGCACACUUUUCAUGUGCUAUAAACACGGUAGUGCCCUCUAGUGGUUGUCUAGCAGACAGCCACUAGAAGAGGACAUAACCCUGCAAUAAUUACACUUGCAGGGUUAAGAGUAGUGGGAGUUGGCACCCAGACCACUCCAAUGGGCAGAAGUGGUCUGGGUGCCUGGAGUGUCCCUUUAAUGUUGUGGCUGAUCAAUGUUUGUGUGACAGUUUGAAAUGUGUUGCUCACUAUAGCACCAGGCUACACAUAGCUGUUAGCACAUGCUAAUUGGUUCUCUACCUCCCUCUUUAAAAAAAAAUAAAAAAAAUUAGAGGGACACUCAAAGUUUUAAAACCACUUAAAACAAAACAAAAACAAAAUUACUCCCACCAAAAAAGUGUUUUUGUUGUUGUUUUUUUUUUUCUUCCUUUCUUUGAUCUAUAUUACGUGUAGCAGAUUAGAGAAAAUAGCCAACUCUUCAAUUCAUAGAUAAUCCUAUACAAUCCCUUAAUGCAUCCGUGUGGGUAACCACAUUAUAUGUUUGCCAAAUGAAGGGAAGACCUAUUUAGUUGCAGUUUGUAUAUCUAAGUUCCUGCACACUUUGUAGACUAUAUCACAGGCAUUUCACCAAUAAAAAAAAAAUUUCAGCUCUUGCGGGAGUAGAAUUUCUAAUUGCCAAAAUAUAUAUGGUUACAUUCUAAUUCUCAUUCACUUGCCUGAUUGUGAGCAAUCCAUACAGUAAAUUGGGUAAAUUUGAUGAUAAAACACAUAAGGAAUGAUUCAUAUUUAAGAAUUCCUUCUCACCACUGUCUUACAGGUCAGAACGUCAGGAGAGAGUCCGGAAGAAAGGUCCAGUCUGGUAACAUUAAUGCUGCCAAGGUACAAAUAAGUGUCACGAAUGUUUAAAAUUGAGUGUAACUCCUAAAUGGUCUGCUUUACCAAGCGCUGUCUCUUUAAAUUUCCAGACUAUUGCAGACAUCAUCCGGACAUGCUUGGGACCAAGAGCCAUGAUGAAGGUGAGCUGUCAUCUGUAGUUGAAAAAGUAUUAAUUGUGCUGAUUUUAAAGGGCCGUGGUUAUCUUUUUGUUGCAGAUCCUGUUUUCUAUGCAUUUGUUAGCAAUGUGCUAAAUACAAGGUAUAAAUAAAGUUAUGUUCUCCAUAAAUUUCUACACCUUAUUGUGACUUUAUAUUUAGACACACAGAUCCUUUCUUUUAAAGGCUAAAGGUGUGAGUAGAGUCUCUUUAAAAGAUCACAGCCCAUUGUAGUUGCCAUGAUGCCAGAGUUGCCCUGUUGCUGUCCGACGGUAAGUAAUGGAAUUAUUUUUAGCACUGUUUAACAGUUUGCUUAGUAUAGGAGGUUGCAAGUGCACUCUUGGCACCAUAACCACUUCAGCAGGCUGUAUUGGUUGUGAUCAGUGGAGUAUAUAAUUUAUCACACAUAAAUAUUUAUAUAUUUUAUUGCUUUAGGGACUGAUACAAUCUUACCUGUUGCCAUUUGCUCUUUGAAGGGUGCAUACUUGGCCUCUGAGGUUGUCACUGCUUGGGGACCCUACCUCAAGCAGGGCAUUCAUUACGGAUGACACAGACAAUCCUGGCUUCAUAGCUAACAUGUCUGCCCCAGUUAGUGUGAGAGAAACAUUGUGACACAAAGCAAGAGAGGUGCUUGGGGGGGACUUCUCCUGCUUUCAUUGUCACCCAAUCCUUCUUUAUUAGACCUGUGUACUGCCUGCAUAUAGCUCUAAUUCCACAAAUUGACAGGUGGGCAAGUGGCUAAACUGUGGCUUUAAAGUAAACUCUAUAUUUCAGCUAGCAAUUUAAUGAUCUUUAAAUGAAAGUCAGCAGUGUGUACAUGACAGUUACACUUUAAUAGAUUAUUGUAUAUGUUCACCUAUUUUGAUAUAACAACUGAGCUACAAUUAAAUUCCAGUUUCUUUGCUGUUUCCUCACUAAUUACUGAAGGUAGUGAUUUAAAAAAAUAAUUGUAAAUGUAAUUUGUAUCUUACCUGAAAGGAGUAGUGUAGGCACUGUAACCACUAUGGUCAGUCAGUUUGGUACAUACUUGGAUCCCCAGGACCGGCUCCUUUUUAGAUAGCAUUAUUGCCGAAUUCCCUACUUCCUCAUUAGUGACACAAUUUUGCCCAUUUUUUUGGGACAGAAUUCUUUGGCUGUAGACUUCAGCUGAUGCUCUCAACUAAUGAAUUCCAUCCAAAUAGAGUCGAAAUUGAUAUCUAGUCCGAAAGGCAAAAUUUCUCUUCUAGUAUAUCUGAGGAGGAGGGAAUAUUGUAGGUGACCAUAGGAAUCAGAUAAAUAACAAACCAUUUGUAAACCGUUUUCUCUGGGACAGCUCCAGGGGGCACCUGGCAGCAUCACCACAAUAGCACCAUGUAGUGAUUGUAGUGCUUAGACUGACUCCUUAAUGGCAAGAUCAUUUUUAUGUUAAUACCCUUUUGCUCUUCUUCUAAUUAUACAACAUAAUAGCUACAUUUCCUUUUACUUUUCAGAUGCUCUUGGAUCCGAUGGGUGGGAUUGUUAUGACCAACGAUGGCAAUGCUAUUCUACGAGAGGUCCGUGAGCACUACUUUGGCAGAUACAAUAUCACUUUACCUAAAAUCUUCUGUGUUUUAAGAAACAAUGCUAUGAAUGUGUUCUUGUUAGUCACGCUUAUAACCAGGAGAAGAGCUUCCACAUGGAAGAACUUGUCCAUGCUUCCUUAUGAGAGCACAUUAUUGUGCAAUCUCACUGCAUUUGAUUGGUGCAUUUGGGACAUUUGCCAUAUAGCACCAAUUUUGCUGCACUGAAUUGCAUUGGGUAAACGGCAUGUGUACGAUUACCAAAAGUUCCAGAGUGUUACUAUGUGUCCAUAAGCUAGGAGUCUCCAUGUUUUUUUCUUUUUAGUCAGGAUUAAGGUUACGAAGUUAGGAAGGUGGCAUAGUAUACCAGCUUUGUUUGCUGUGUAGUGUGGGCAAUACUUUAUAGGUCUUUAUGUUAAGUCUUGUUGGUAGUCGUUUGUGUUGGAUAGGAGACUUCAGCCCUUGGACCUUUUGGCCAACAAUAGCCAGAAGAAGGUGAGCUAAUAUGUGAAAAAUCUGUGUAAAGCACGAGAAAAACGUUUUACUGCAAAUGUUGAAAUGUUCCUUUAAUUGUGUUGGGUAUUCCGUUUUUUGGCUUGUUUUAACUUUAAAGUUUCCUGUAUUAGAUCCAAGUGCAGCACCCGGCAGCCAAAUCCAUGAUUGAGAUCAGCCGAACCCAAGAUGAGGAGGUUGGAGAUGGGACCACAUCUGUCAUCAUUCUGGGUAAGUGUCCUGGAUGUUUCAACCACUUCCUAAACGGGAUACACAAAGUUCUGUAUGUCUAAAUGUUCCGCUUAUUUUAUUUUUUUUAUAUUCCCCAGCCGGUGAAAUGUUGUCUGUCGCUGAGCAAUUUUUAGAGCAGCAAAUGCAUCCGACUGUGAUUAUCAGCGCUUACCGCAAGGCUUUGGAUGAUAUGAUAAAUCAUCUUAAUGAGUUAAGGUAAGACUGACUAACACUGCAUUUUGUGUGGCAGGUAGGCACUCUGGCAGCAGAUGAGACAGUAUUUUAACUUCUAGGUACAGUGCUUGCACCUCUGUCUGUGAAUGUAUUGAUCCAACUUAGGAACAUGAGAGAAAAAAACACUAACACCCAAUUUAUUUGGGGGUUCAUAAUACCUUGGUCUAUCUACCUUAUCUAUGUCCUGCCUCUUGGGGAUACCCACUUCCGAGACACAAUUUCUGGGUAAUUGGGAUAUGAGCCAUACAAAUAGCUGGGAUAUAUAAUUUUAAGUUUAUUGAAUAACUCGUUGAUUAAAAUGUACUUGUUAUGGUACAGCAAUUUAGGCUUGUUUUUUAAAAAAAAUUCAGGUAAGUGACAGAAUGGUUUUUAACCUAUUGGAUACUACAGUGCUAUGAAUAGAACUUUGUAUUCCUUGCACUAUAGUUUUAGAAACUUAGAAAAUGUCACUUUAAGUAAAUUACGCCCAUCCCUGCAAUUGUAGCCGCUUAAAAGAAUGCUCUCACAGCAUGCCAUCACUAAGCAUUUCUUUAACAGAAUAAAUUUGUUUCAAUCUUCUUUUUAUUACAGUUUGAAAAUCUUAUUCUUUAGCCAUGCAGUUGUGUUCAUUGUAUUUUCUUUUUUCGCAGCACGCCGGUUGAUGUUAAUAACAGGGAGUUGAUGCUGAAAAUCAUUAACAGUGCUGUCACCACUAAGGCGAUCAAACUCUGGGCAGACUUGGCAUGUAAUAUUGCUCUGGAUGCCGUAAAAACUGUGGAGUUUGAGGAGAAUGGCAAAAAGGAGUUUGACAUCAAAAAAUAUGCUAAAGUAGAAAAGGUAAGUCAAAAACUGCUUUCAUAAGCAUCAAAUGUCUGCCUGUAGAUGUGUUGGGCCUGUUCUCUCUUACUUUGAAACAUAAAGCCUGGUAGUUUUAGAAAGAGGGAUGAGAGAACAUCAUAGGUUAAUUAAUUGGAGUGUUGUGAUUGGUCUGAAACCCCUAGCCAAUCAGAAUACCAAUGCUGUUCAGUGACUAUAUAAGGCACAGAUUGCAUGGUGCUAAUCACAACUUCUAUUUGUAAAUAAAAGUAAAACCUACAAAGAUCUUGGCUACAUGUCAUUUCCUUGCUGAAGUACUUUAUGCCUAAUAAGUAUCCCAUUUUUAAUAAUCGACCUCUCCGGUAGUAAAUUGAACUUAUGGGAGGUUAACUUCCUCUUUCUGUUUGCUCUACUACCGAACAGAAAUGGUCUGCCAUCUGCCGCAAUGUAACGUGUUCCCUCUUACUCCUGAGCACAAGCCAGCGUAUGUGCGUAAUUUUGCGUGUUCUCAUCCCCUGUUUCCUGCAGCACCCCUUCCUCUCUAAAAGGGCAGCUCUUCUAGGGGAAAAGAGAGGCUUGUAGAGGCUGCAGUCAAGAACUUAAGCAUUUACAGGCUCUUACUAGAUACAACCACAAUGACUACAUGCAUACAAAAUUUAGGCAUGUAUUCAUUUGGGGUUUAUCUACUAAACAGUGUUAUUUUUUUUAACUGUAAAAUGGUACUUUUUUAAAAACAAUUUUAAAGCCGUACUGUUCUUGUAAUGACAGCCCUGAAGCUGUUGUAAUUGUAUGAUUCACCGUGAUUGCUCUGUCCUUGGAACCCCAGUUUAUAACACAGGGCUUUGCCUAUGUUGCAUAUCUGCUCCUUUUCACCCCACUGAACCCCUCACUAUAUCCUGGCAUUCUCUGUUUGGUAACAGGCUGCCUGUGGCUGGAUACAUGCUAAUGGACAAGGAUGUCCUUGAAAUAACGUUCUCUGAAUGGAUGAUACUUUUAGUUGUAAAAAAGAAAAGUUAACUUGAAAAUGUCUCUUGGGGCACUGCUCAGUGUGUCUGCUUGCAGUAAUAGGCAAACCACUACUCCACCAGGUUGUGAAUUUAAUCAGGAGCAAUUGGUCAGGAGGGAGGGAUUAUGAUCUUCGAAAGCUUUUUCCAGCAGGGGUUUAUGAUUCCGGGGUACCCAAUAGGUAGAUCCCCAGAUGUUGUAGGACUACAAUUCCCCUGAUGCUUUGCAUAUCUUUAGAAUUCCUUAAUGGUUUUAAAAUGGAAAAGGGGGAUCUUUCUCUUUGGUAACCCUGAUUUAAACUAAGGAACUCUCCAAUGUUAUAACCAAUAUCCUGUUUUAUCUUUGUCUGUGUUCCUUUAUCCUAUUACGAGCCAGGCACCAAUAAUACAUUAAGGCUUACUCAUCUUGACAUCUGCUGGGGAGCCGCUUCUUGUGGCUGUGCCACUCUGUCCAAAGAUACGGUUUGUCUGUGACGACCGUUUCCUCUUCCGGUCCAGCGAAAGCAAGCUGAAGUGAUUUAGUUAUUGGAAGUUCAUUUCAAACUGUCAUAAAUGCCUUUUCAGUUUAUAUCAAGCCCAGUUAACUGUUUAGAGUUGACCUGGCGGACAUUGCAGUACAUUUGAAGUGCUUAUGGUAUUGCAAAUGUCAUACAUUUUCACCCACUUUCUUUUAUCAUUGUGAUUGUGGCCAUUUCUUUCUUCUUCAGCACAAUAGGCUUUGCAGUAAGUUGAGGCUCUGUUUUUUUUCAGUUGGUUUCUAAUGGACAAAUGUAAAGUGUUUGCAUAGUAACAAGACGGGUCCAUAAUAGACCGCCACCUUUAUUGUUUUAGUCUGAAAGGACUAAGGCGGAGUGCAUUGCAGAAUAACGUGUGUGUGUGUGUGUGUGUGUGUGUGAUCUGUAACAUUUCUGAAUUUCUUUGCUGUUAAAAUGUUGUAGUCCACAAGCUUAAAGAGCCAGUAAUGUCUGUAUAGGGCUGUUUAUAUAAAGUAGCAUGCCAAUUCAAAUUCAGAUAGUUGUACAAAAUGGAAUAAUCUAACUGGCUGCUUGAUGGCCCGCCGCCAUUCAGAGCACAUUUAGAUUUUGAAUAAACUGUCAAAUACUUGCCCCCAACAUGAAUGGGUCAAUGUUGAAGUUCAUUUCUGCAUUAGUGGUUCCCCAACAGAGAGACCAUGGUUUAGGACUUUGACUGGUGCACCCCAUCUUUGUUAAUCAGGUCACGCAAUUUCACACAAACCAUGAUUAUUGCAGCCACUUUGCACUAUAACCACUGUAAUGUGUUGCAGUGGUUAUGGUACUUACUGUGCCUCUUUAACAAUUUUGAAAUGUGGUUACUGUUCCAUCGCAUGGCUAUGUGCUUAGAGUGAUCAUUUGCCUUCACAGUUGAGUACAGUUUGAUGAAUUGGCAUUACUGCCAUGUUUUUCCAGUUCACUCAUAGAUGCUGACUUAAUGCUCCUGUUUUGACAGAUACCUGGAGGGAUCAUUGAAGACUCACAAGUUCUGCGAGGUGUCAUGGUGAACAAGGACGUCACUCACCCAAAAAUGCGUCGGUAUAUCAAGAACCCACGUAUCGUUCUCCUUGACUGCUCGUUGGAGUACAAGAAAGGGGAGAGCCAGGUAAGAAUGAAGGCGCAGUGUUAAUCAGUUAGAAUCAAUGUGGUACAAUUAGGAUAACAGUUUAAAUGUUUACACCUGUGCAUGAUUCAUCCCCCCUCUUUCCUACAGACUGAAAUUGAGAUUACACGCGAAGAGGACUUCAAUAGACUUCUGCAGAUGGAAGAGGAGUACAUCCAGCAGGUCUGUGAAGACAUCAUCCGACUCAAGCCAGACCUUGUUAUCACCGAGAAGGGAAUCUCUGGUAAGGAUGGAAAAUAUAUACAUUAUUGCACAUGACCUGUCACCCAUAGGCUAAUACUUAAUGCUGGUCUAUAUCGGAGACCUGGAAUUUGUCCAUAGCAAACCCAAUUAGGUUCUGAGAAUCUUCUGUACAUCUGUGAAUUGAAAGUUUGUAGGAAUUGGGAUUUCAAGUCAAUAAGCUAUACAAGCCCCCCUCUAUAGACAACCCUCUAGUUCCUCAGCGUAUAUAGUUUACGGUCUAGUUUGCAACUGCAGGGCUCAGGCCACUAGGUAGCGGUGUAGUCUAACAAACCUGUUUUAUUUGUGGCAUGCUGAAGUCUGCACAGAGAAGUGUUUCUCCAUAUAUAGACAUCUAUACCAUGUAUAUAAAGGGCAAAAUAUUUUCACUAACUAUUGACCAUGGCACAUACUUAUUUUACCACUGAGUAUGCUAUGACUUGUAGUAUCAAGCUAAUUUUAAGACCUGGCUAGUAGCCCAGGACAUUAAAUUUUAAGCCCUGUAUAUUUAUGCAGAUGUUUUGACUAGGAGAUUGUCCUACGCUCAGUUCCAUCAAAGUGUGAGUAAAGUGUAGUGAUUCUUACCUAGGUCGGUACCUAAAAGCUGGUCUCCAUGUGAUUUCUGUAAGUUUACAAUAUAAUAGUGAUCAGACCCAAGGUGGAACUGUUUCUGUACAAUCUACCCCAGUCCAGUGGGGACUCCUUUGACUGGGUUUUGCAGGCUUUGUAGAAAUAUUCCCGUUGAUCGAUUCGUAAUAAGCCCAGUCCUGUGUGUGUCAUUUGGUUCCCUCUCUAAAAAGAUUAAGAACCAGUGCUUUAGAUGGUCCAUGGACUGCACUGUUUUGGCUGAUGCUUUGAAGCAGAACUGUCACUUUUCUGGAGGUAACAGUUUAUCAUCCCUCACCCCAUUAAAUGUUUUCUAAGGGCUUAUAGGGGUGCGUUGUGAAGGCAAGCAAAGACACCAUAUAUAGCAGCAUUACCAUGGCCAAGGUGGUGAUAUCCCAUAAUGCUCUGGGCUCACUAUAGCAUUCCAUCCAUAGUGCGGUACUCGUGCGGCAGUGUGAGGGUUAAAUUAAUUUACAUGGUGUACUUUUGACAGGGCUGCCACAUGUGGAGUCUAAAUUAACAUGCAAAAAAAAAAUAUGUAGACCUUUUUAACAUAAAUGAAAGCACAGUCCAUAACAAGUUUUAGUUGGUUAUCAGGCUGUGCAAGAAAAUGGAAAUGUGACAGUUUCACUUCAUAAAGUUUACACUAACAUGAGUCACCCAUAAGGUUUGAGUUAAAGCCUUUUCUCUUUUCCCAUGAAUUAAAUUGGCAUAAACCUGAAUUCCAAUCAAGCUCUCUGUCCUUGGCCAUUGUAUGAUCAACUGUUCUCAUUCUACGUUUUUUUUUUUGUUUCCUCAGAUCUGGCUCAGCAUUACCUGGUAAAAGCCAACAUAACAGCCAUUCGCAGAGUACGCAAGACAGACAACAACAGAAUAGCCAGGUAAAUGGAUGGGUUGAGCGUAUCUAGCCGAGAUGAACUGCAAUCUCUUAAUUACAGGGAAUAAAAACCCAUUUAUUACACUAGCUUGCAUUAAAGUAAUUUAUUCCAAGUUUCUUAGGGUCCUGCUUGCGUUAUUAGUAAUAUCUUAAAAUCAACUCCCAUUGUAUUGUUCCAUUUAGUAACUCUGCAUUAUUAGAACGAGAGUGCUGGUGUAAAGAGACCACUAAGGUCUUUGUAAGGUGUUUUCUUUUGGACUACAACACGCUUAACUCCCGCGUCCUUCUAAGACAUGUAUGUAGCAACAGUUCUGCUGCUUGGGAAUGUAUAGUGUUUAACGCUGCUUUAUAUAGCACCAUGGAGAUAAGACAAUAUGAAAACAAUUCUGUCUUCCAUUGCAUUAAUGUUGGUAAAUGCGUGUCCCGAAAGUCUGUGUUUUAUUUGUAAUUUUUUUAAAGACUGAAACAGAGUCCUUUCUGUUCUUUAACACAGAGCCUGCGGUGCCCGUAUUGCCAGCCGCCCAGACGAACUUAAGGAGGAAGAUGUGGGGACUGGAUCUGGACUAUUUGAAAUCAAAAAGAUAGGCGAUGAGUAUUUUGCUUUCAUAACAGAGUGCAAAGAACCAAAAGCAUGCACCAUUGUUCUCCGAGGAGCCAGCAAAGAGAUUCUUGCGGUGAGUGUGUUCUAGCACGUUGCCCAGUAAAUGUUUUGGGGCCAGAAAGAAAAAAAAAUCUGUUUUGCAUUUAUUUAUUUUUUCUUCUUGCACCAUAAAGUGUACUAGGAUCAGAUGUGUUUUAUGGUACAUGGAGUGUUCCUUUUAAUAGUGGAUACAAAUAUUUCUGAAAAUGGGCAUGCAAUUAUGUUGGGGGCUAUGUACAGAACAGAUCAUUAUCUAAAUGUGCCAGUAGUAUAUUCACACAGAGACUACACGUCCUAGUGAAACAAAGUGUGAUUUUUGUCUCUAACUUUAAAUUCUAUCCACUGCAGGAAGUGGAGCGCAAUCUUCAGGAUGCCAUGCAAGUCUGCCGCAAUGUGAUGAUCAGUCCCUACCUGGUGCCAGGAGGAGGAGCCACUGAGAUGAGUGUGGCACACAGCCUUACCGAGAAAUCCAAGGGCAUGACUGGGGUGGAGCAGUGGCCAUACCGCGCAGUGGCUAACGCACUCGAAGUCAUUCCAAGGACGCUAAUACAGAACUGCGGAGCUAGCACUAUUCGUCUCUUAACAUCUCUCAGAGUAAGAAGGAUUCAGUGUUUCUGAUUGCUAGUUAGUAAAUGCUUUUCUGGAAAACGUCCUCUGCAACGUCUCUAAAGACGUAUUCCCUGUUAACCACUAAUUUCAAAUGUGUGUCUCUGCUCCCUGCUGUGUCCCUGGUGUUGUUGACCUGGUUCUUCAGUAUCAAGAUUAUUGUAUUUCUUUACACACAGUUGUUUCUUGGACUUAAAAAAAAAAAAAUAAUUGCUAAAUAUUUUUGACUAAUGACUGCAACUUGUUUCCCCCAUCCCUCUCCCAGGCAAAGCAUACUCAGGAGGGAUGUCAAAGCUGGGGUGUAGAUGGCGAGGCUGGGGUAAUUGUGGACAUGAAGGAAUUGGGAAUUUGGGAACCAAUGGCUGUUAAAUUGCAAACCUACAAAACUGCUGUAGAGGUAAGUGUUACAGCCCCCUUUGAUUUUUUUUCCUUUAAUACCUGUUUUCGAAGUUGCUAAUUUUCCACAGCAGAAUUUUUCCACUCCUCAAUGUCCUUCUCUUUAUACAUCGGCGUCCCUCACCAAUACAUCCCGCAUAUUCACCCAUCUUUUUGGGUGGUUUGCAAUAAUUGAUGCGAGGUACCCCUAACGAGAUCUAAAAUGCAACAUUAUUUGUAUACACACAGCUUACCUGUACAUUUGUCUUGCUCACAAAUUCUUCCUUCCUCCCCCGUAGACUGCUAUUCUGCUGCUGCGUAUAGAUGACAUAGUGUCCGGCCAGAAGAAGAAGGGAGAAGACCAGGGCCGACCUGCCCCGGAAGCACCUCAGCAUGAAUGAAGACCAUAAGAAGACUAGAUGGUAUUGUCUGGAUGUCCCACCUGAAAUGGCACUGAAGCUGUUCGAGAAUACUCGGUCCUCUUCCAUUAUACUGUGACCUGGCAGGGGAAACGUUUUGUAUUUAUUUCUGUAUGAGAUAAGGGUCAUAGAGAAGUGUGUAGAAUGAGAUUACCUGUAACGUCAUUUGGCGCAAAAAUAAAAAUGAAUUUUGAAUUCUGACUGUG